UUACUGGUAUUUGUUCUUUCGUCUCUGUGGUUUUCCGGUGUCCUUUCUCUAUUCUUUCUAGGAGUGGGUCGUUAGUAGCGGCAGAAUGCUGUCUUCAAGAGCACUAAGCUUAAUUGGAAAAAGAGCCCUUUCUACCUCUGUCUGUCUGCAAGGACAUGCUGGUGUUGCCAAACCUGAAACCUACAGCCUUCCGGUCUACGUUGACCAUCGAGCUAUACCUCUGCCAGAUAUUGCUUUUGUCGAGCAUCUCAGUGCUGACGAGAAAGGUCUGAAAGAAAAGGAGAAGGGAACAUGGAGCUCCUUGACAGCCAGAGACAAACUUGACUUGUACCGAAUAAAAUUCCAUGAAAGCUAUGCUGAAAUGAACAAGGGAUCAAGUGAAUGGAAGACUAUUCUUGGAGGCACUCUGUUUUUCAUUGGUUUUACUGCUUUUGUUGUACUGUGGCAGAGAAAAUAUGUUUUUGGAGAUGUCCCCUACACUUUAUCUGAUGACUGGGUAGCCAUGCAGAGCAAGAGGAUGCUUGACAUGAGGGUUAGCCCUGUUGAAGGUUUCUCUAGCAAGUGGGACUAUGACAAGAACGAGUGGAAGAAAUAAGCUCUAACUAUGAACAAUCAAUUUGCAAAUGAGAAGUUUGCUUAACAUUCUGUUGGUCCAAUCUUGAAAUAAUACCUCAUUAUUUGCUGGAAUGUGUCCAUUAUUCUGUUACAAAUAAAGUGCUGGUUUACUUGAA